CUUCAAUUGGAUUUCCUCUCUUGAUACAAGUCUUCACAAUCGCUCAGUACCAAUACAUAACUUUCGACAAUGCAGCUCACCUGGAAGCGACUUAUACGGUUCGAGGCUGCAGACGGCAGAAUACUCUACGGCGAACCCGUACUGCCAUCACCCGAUUUCGAUAUUGGAAACCUCAAGGAAUCCGACCAACUUCAAGCGAAAGUUUUGGAAGGCCCCUCCAUCUACGAUGCCAAGUUUUCUGGCGAGACGGUUGCUGUAAAGAAGCUGCUCGGGCCAUUGGCCGCUCGGGACGUUCCAAGCAUCCGUUGCGUUGGAUUGAACUACGCGAAGCACAUCAAGGAGGCCGGACGAUCUCCACCACCUUUCCCCUUCAUCUUCUUCAAGCCGUCGACGACGAUCCAAGACCACAACGGAGUGGUGGAGAUACCCAAGAUCGCACAGGACGAUCAAGCAGACUAUGAAGGAGAGCUGGUGAUUGUAAUUGGACGGGACGCCAAGAACGUCAGCGAAGCAGAUGCCUUGGACUAUGUCGCAGGAUAUACCUGUGGAAAUGACAUCUCGGCUCGGAAACUACAACGCAGCCCGGAACUAGCUGGCAGAAUACCGCAGUGGGGAUUCUCCAAGGGUUUCGACACAUUCGCUCCCGUGGGGCCGUGUUUAGUGUCAACGGAACUGAUCGAGGACCCCGACAAGCUCGAUCUCAAAACCAUUGUCGAUGGGGAGAUUAGACAACACGAGAGCACGGCCGACCUGCUUUUCGGGUGCAGGUACCUCAUCCAUUAUCUUUCGCAAGGUACCACUCUGGAAAGGGGAAGCAUCAUCAUGACCGGUACUCCCGGAGGUGUUGGAGCUGGUAUGAAUCCGCCGAAGUACCUUGUUCCCGGGACGCAAAUGGAUGUUCAGAUAGAGAAGAUUGGUACAUUGAAGAACACUGUCAAGUUUGCUUAAAGAUAAGCUUCUGCCAAGGAAAGUGGCCGGCUCGAAUGGAUCGCUGGUAAGGUGGUAGAACACGUCAAUAGAAGUGCUCAGAAUCGAUUCUUCAACAACUCACAGCGACGAUGUGCU